CAUCUUUGUUGAUGUGUCAGCGCGCCGGGCCGGGGCGGCCGCCGGGGGAGCGGGGCAGUGCCGUGCUGUGCCCGCCAUGGCUGCGCUGCCGCCGCUCCUGCCGCCCGAGUAGCGACCGGAUAUCUGAAGGAAGAUUAUGGAGGAAUAUUUACCAGAAAUGCAGAACACACUGGAGCCUGGCAGUCUGUCAAAUGAUGCCUCUUUCAAGCCCACAGAKAAUGAGAAGUCUGAUACAGCAUCUGGAAUGAAGGACUGCUCAAACAUCGGUUGCCCUGGAGGUGAUGGUGGUGUGUUGGRAAGGGAAGCGACUUUGUUGCCCUCGGAUCAGGAUUCAGCAGCUGUUGGUGUAAGCAGCAAUGGGGCCCCAGCACAAGGACAGCAGCAGUGUGGAGGGGCAGACUCCUCUGCCAGUGCCUGCUGUGAAAGAAAGGCAGAAGGCUCCCCGAAACCAGAACACUUACCUAGUGAAGAACUUGAACGACACAAUCCAAAAACUAACCAGCCAGAACAAUCAUUAAUGGAAAUAUUACAGGAUCUAAGGGAGGAAUCUGACUUUGUGAAAAAAUCRAGUGAUAAAAUCUAUUCAGAAAGCCCUUACGAUACAGACUGCACAAAGAAGCUUAUUUCCACAAUACAUCAGGCUUCCUCACAGGAGGAUUUGCUGAAGGAAAUAGAGACUGAACUCCUAUCCACAGAUUUUUCAAAGGAACCAAAGCUCCCCAAUGGYGUGCAGAAGGGUGAACAUGCCUUGGCUAUGUUUGAAAAAUGUGUGCAAGAUAAAUACCUGCAGCAAGAACAAACUAUUACAAAAUUGAUUAAAGAAAAUAAAAAGCAUCAGGAGCUGAUUUUGGAUAUUUGCUCAGAAAAGGACAACUUAAAAGAUGAAUUGAAAAAACGAACAGAAACAGAAAAACAGCACCUUGGCAUUAUUAAACAGCUGGAAGCAAGAAUAGAAGAGCUUAAUAAAGAACUGAAAGCUAGCAAAGACAGACUUGUAACUCAAGAUGCAGCAGCCAAAAAUACUAUUCAGCAGYUGCAUAAGGAGAUGGCCUUUCGAAUGGAACAGGCAAACAAGAAAUGUGAGGAAGCUCGCCAUGAGAAGGAGACAAUGGUGAUGAAAUACGUCCGAGGGGAGAAGGAGUCACUUGACCUCCGAAAAGAAAAGGAAGUCCUUGAGAGAAAAGUGAGAGAUGCAAACAAAGAAAUAGAAAAGCUUGCAAAUAAAAUCAAACAACUUUCUCAGGAAAAAGGAAGAUUGCACCAGCUCUAUGAAGCUAAGGAUGGUGAAGCCACUCGACUCAACAGAGAAAUAGAAAAAUUGAAGGAAGAAAUCAAUUCUAAUGUUAUCAAAGUAAARUGGGCUCAGAACAAAUUGAAAACAGAAAUGGAUUUGCACAAGGAAACCAAAGAACGUCUCAAAGAUGCAAUGACAAAAUUAACUGAAGCAAAAGAAGAAGGAGAUCAGAUUAGGAAAAACUGUCAAGAAAUGAUAAAAUCCUAUCARGAGUCAGAAGAAAUUAAAUCAAAUGAAUUGGAUGCAAAAUUCCGAGUAACCAAAGGAGAACUGGAGAAGCAAAUUCAGGAGAAGUCUGAUCACCUGGAGGUGCAUCAUGCAAAAAUAAAAGAAUUGGAAGACUUGAAGAGAACAUUUAAGGAAAGCAUGGAUGAGCUUCGAACGCUGAGAACAAAGGUAAAGUGCUUAGAGGAUGAGCGUUUAAGAACAGAAGAUGAGUUAUCCAAGUACAAAGAAAUAAUAAAUAGACAGAAAACGGAAAUUCAGAAUUUGCUGGACAGAGUCAAAACUGUAGAUCAGCUGCAGGAUCAACAUCAGAGAGAUGAACAAGAAAUCAAUGCUUUAAAGGAAGAAGUGGAUGGUUUAAAUUCUCUGAUUGCYGAUCUUCAGAAGGACAUUGAAGGUAGUCGGAAAAGAGAAUCUGAGCUUUUGAUAUUCACUGAAAAAUUGACCAGUAAGAAUGCACAGCUUCAGUCUGAAAACAAUUCCUUACAGAGCCAGUUGGAUAAGCUUUCUUACAGUGAAAGAGAGCUGCAGAAUCAGCUGGAGUGUGUUCAACAGGCUAAAGAUGAUCUGGCCACAAAGUUACAGAAGGAGGAGGAUCAGCGAAAGUCAGAGGUAGAGACCCUGCAGACUCAGCUGGCCUCAGAGCAGGAAGAAUUAUCAGCACUGAAGACUCGUGUGGAUGAGCUGAAGGAUGACCUGGCUACUCAGAAGCGCAAACAUGCAGCAAACCUGAAAGACCUCACAAAACAACUUCAGCUAGCACGGAGGAAAUUGGAUCAGAUGGAAAAUGGUAAUUAUGACAAAGAAGUCAGCAGCAUGGGGAGCCGUUCCAGUUCAUCAGGGUCCCUUAAUGCGCGCAGCAGCAACGAGGACCGGUCUCCUGAGAACACUGGCUCUGCAGUGGCUGUGGACAGCUUCCCUGAGGUGGACAAGGCUGUCCUGGUUGAAAGAAUACUGAGGCUACAGAAGGCACAUGCUCGAAAAAAUGAAAAGAUGGAGUUCAUGGAAGAUCACAUUAAACAGCUGGUGGAGGAAAUCAGGAAAAAAACAAAAAUUAUUCAGAGUUACAUUUUGCGGGAAGAAGCUGGAACACUGUCAUCAGAGGCCUCUGACUUCAACAAAGUACACUUGAGUAGGCGUGGUGGGAUUAUGGCAUCUCUGUAUACAUCUCACCCUGCAGACAGUGGGCUCACGUUGGAACUCUCCUUAGAGAUAAACAGGAAGCUUCAGGCUGUGUUAGAAGAUACAUUACUGAAAAAUAUUACAUUGAAAGAAAACCUGCAAACUCUAGGAACAGAAAUAGAACGGCUUAUUAAACACAAGCAUGAACUGGAACAGAGAAUAAAGCAGACAUAACUAAARCUUCUGGGGACUAACCAGCGUGAAGAUGCAGAAAAGGCAGGUGCUACAGACCACUGUGUUUUACAUUCUGCCUGCCAGCACAAGCAUCUGGGGUUUUGCAGAAGAAGCCUUUGACCACACAGGCUCACUCAUGUGAGAGAUCAGCAGAGUGUGGUUCUGUCUGUCCAGUACCAGCCUGAGGCACUGCUGAAAUUUGCUGCACACUACAUUUAUCUCGAACUUCUAUUUGAAAUGACACACAGAUGCUUUGCMGUGCAGACUAUGUUUGGAGUGAGUUGCUGUGAGAUUUUAAUUUCUGCACUGUAUAAUUAAUCAGUCUCUUAAUGAUGGAGCUUGAAAAAAUAAAGCCAAUUAUGUCUUAGUCGCUAUUGAACAUAUCCGGUGUUACUGAGCUUUAAGGGCUUUCAGACGUUUAUUUCCUUUCUUGCAUAUUAUUUCUGAUCUUUGGGUUGAUUCAGCAUUUUUGACAUAUGCAUGGAAUAAUGCUCUGUCACAAAAUUUUGGUUUUUAAAUGGUGGCCAUGAUAUUGCAUAUUUUCUGCUUUAGAUUAACAUUCAACUGGUCAGUUUGUUUAUUCUGGAGGAGUGAAGCAACAGUAAAACCAAGGGAUUAGGARGUGUUCUGAUUCAGUUCUUGAGUUCAUGUAAUUGAAACCAAUGUCAGUUCAGCAAGUCUUGGAAACCCUUGAUCUUUAGACAUGUGGAUCUAAAGAAGUCUGAUAUGAAAGUUAGUUAAUAAAGUUCUCUGGGCUUUAGCAUAACUAACAGCAUUUAAGAAGUAAGAGUUUUAGCUGCCCAUUGCAUGUACAGGUAGACAUGGUCAUUGCAUCUGUUUUCAAAGACAAAUGGAAACUAACWAAAUUUCCUCAUUAGCUGUGGCUAGACCAGCAAGUGAAAAUAAUGGUAAGAAAUGAGAACUAUAUCUAAAUGGGAUUUUAAUCUGUUGUUGGACUGUGAAAGUGGCMCAGAAAUCUGUGUAACUCCUUGAUUUUACUGUUGUGAAGAAUUAGGUCAAAGUGGCACAAACUGAGAACUGUUAYUUAGUCUUCAGUGGCUGAGAGGGUGAUGGAGGAAGAAAAUCAAGGUGACAAGAUUUGGGUUAGUCACAACAUCAUGUUCAUAUUUUAGUUCCAGGAUAAGUAACAUACAGGAUCUGAAAUAUCUUUAUUCCAGCAGUAAAUGCAUAGUUUCUGUAUCUAUCACCUUUUGACCAAAAUAAAUUUAUCAGAUCACAGUGUAAAUAYAUACUUCAGGUUUUUAUUAAAUACUUGAACUUCGUAUUGUCAUGAAAGAAGAGUCAAUAUACAUUUACARUAGCGAUGCUUUAGCUACUUUAAUCAAAAAGGGGCAUGUGGGGGGAGAAUCUGUCUUACUGCAGGCACUGCUUGCAUCAUACACAAAACAAGGGACCUGAAUCUGGCAGCACAGAGGAGGAUAAUUUAUCAGACAUCUGGGUGACUUAGGGGUGUGAGCUCCACUUUUAGAUACCACUGAGUUACCUGAGCUUUGUAAUGAAACAAAUUGAGCAGUAGAACSUAAUUUGGUUUGAAUGGUUUGAUUCAAGACAGAUUUCCUUGUUAGUUCAAAGAUAGACAUUUCUGAAAGUCCUUGGGGGAUCAAGACCUGGUCUGUGGUCCAGAGACCUUCAAGAAUCUGGGAUGGCAGGUCCCUUCAGUGACAAAGAAUUAAGUAUUUCUUUAGAAAGGGAGAGUGRGAAUAAAUUGUUUCAAAUCUAAGCGAGCAUUAUAUAGAAGCKGCAAGCCUUUAAUCUGGGUGGGUUUUUAUACGUCUAUUUUUUUAAUUCCYGAGAGCAAUGGUUAUCUGAAAUGUUCAGAAAUUUGGGCCAGUCCAGUCAUGGGACUAUCUCUUCUUUGCUGUUGUUUAAGUGAUGUGAAGAGUGGCUCUGCUGAAACACAUUUGUCACAGCUUCCAGGAAGCAAACAGACAGUUGUACAUGACUGAGCUUAGAACUUCUGCUGAAAGUAUUUUAGAACAAUUUGCAUGCUGAAACAUAGCUUAGCUCUUGUAUAUUUGGGUUUUCAUGCUUCAGUGUACCAGAUCUCUGGAUGUUUUCAGGCAUUCAGCUGAAGGACUCCAGUAUUUUAGAUACCAUGUUAAUACUGUAAUCUUUUAAUAUAUAUUYUCCGGGUGUACAGUGUGAAUGAAGGAGAUGUGUUGUGCAGAUGGAAUCAGUGCAAUGGCUUUGUGGAAAUUCACUUUUCUUUUUGGCAUGGUCGUUUCUCCUUUUUAAGUUGAGAAACUUAGCUGUCCUCCUGCCCUGCUGGAAAUGCUGCUUGCUCUUUGUAGCACUAAUAACUUCUCAGACUUUUUUUUCUCCCUUGGUUAUGGAGACACACAAAGCAGCCAAAAUACCACGUUGUUUAUUAUGCACGGURUUUUCAUGGACCAAAGUUGUCACACACAGGUGUUAUUUUAAACAUAUCUGUUAGAGAUGGAAAUGUCAUUCUGGCUUGCACAUUGGCAGGUGACUCUGGUCAGCCCAGGGUGUGAUGAGYACCUGAUGGGAUCAGCCAGCAACUUGGCGUAAGGAUGUUCCUCAUUUUUGAGAGGCAGUGAUGGAUGCACCAUAAAAUGUUGCUGGUCCUGUUUCCAUGGGGCAGCUUGUCAGGACUGUGAUGCUGUUGGUGCAGUAACAGAACACCUUCUGUGGAAAGGUGUUUCUGUGGGGUGGYUCACACAGGUGAGCACCAGCUGGUGCAGGGUGGCUGCAAGGCAUGUGUAGAAAUCUCAUCCCACUUAUCAUUGUUUUGGAAACUAUAUUAUGAACCUGAAACUGUAUUAUGAAACUGAAAACUGUCCUCAGAUAAACUUGAGUUUUAGAGAUAAACUGGUAAAUUAAUAAAUCGCUCACGAAAGYAGCCUGGAGGAUUUCGGUACAUGCCUGUCACUGAAAUUCAGUGUCCAUUAGAUAUGUAAUUGCCACAGGCUGCUUUUGAAAAUUCCAAGCUUGUGGCUGGUUAUGUCUUACAAGCUUAAACAUCUGUUUCUUAAAUACUCAGGGUGCUCUGUUAAUUCAAACAUCGCACAUACAGAUGUUGUUAGAGGCCCUACAGCAAAGCUGCCUAUGCUUUUCCACCCUCUGUAGAAUCCAGCACUGUCAUUGUCUAAAGCCAGACCCUGUGACUUGAAGAAUACCAUUUUAUGCUAUAGAAAUUACUGGCUUGCUGCCACAUAGACUUGUGCAAUAUUUUUAAUUAUAGUCCAGAAAACUGGAGGUUGAUUUCUUCCUUGGAUAUUUUCUCAUYAUCUUCACUUGUUGCUGGCAACACCCAUAGUAUCUCUCUUGAAAUAUUUUUCAUUGCAAUGUUUUGGUUCAUAAUUUAAAAAAAAUAAACGAAGGUGUGUCUGGCUUCUAGUGCAUCAAGUGUAAAGCUGAGUGUCCACAUGCUGCAGAGACCUGGAUCUAGGGAGGGGUUUAGAGAGCAAGGGCCUUCCCCCUUCCUGUGCCAGGCACUGUGAAUGUGAAUACCAGCAGCAGGUGGCACAAGGAAUCAGGUGYACCCUGUCUCACUUGCCCAGGGACAGAUGGCUGUGUUACAGAGGGAGCUGGGUGGUAAUAAGAGCUUUUCCAAGAUGGAUGGGUGUUUCCUUCCCAUUUUCGUGUUCUAACUCAAACUAUGUUGAUUCUUCCAAUCUAUGUAUGUACGUCAUCUGAAUAUACACAGAAUGUCUAUUGAUUUAAUUUUGUAGAUACUUGUUUAUGUAUAAAGUUUUCAAAGGUAUUGCUGUACCUUAUGUAUAUACUGUACUUUGAAAUAAUAAACAU